AUGGACCAAGACGACUCUGAGGUCGCUCUCGCGCUGUCGGACGUCGUGCACGACGAACCGCUGCCUGACAACCCCCCCAACCACCACAUGCACCACAUGCACUCCCUCGCUCUCCCGCCCGUCUCGCAGCAUCACCACCACACCCCCGCCGCGCCCUCCCCAUUCCAGCAUCAGCCGUCGGUGCACGCGUCGCGCGACGUCCCCGCGUCCCUUGACCUCGAGCCGGCCCACGAGCACGAGAGCGACUUCGAUGCUGCGCUCUCGCCGGACCCGUCAUGCCACCUUCACAUCGAGCAACUCGAACGUGAGAUCUCGUCCCUCCUCCACCAGAACUCUGCCGCAGCCGCCCUCAAUGACUCUCUACACUCCUCCCAUCCCGGCGAAGGCCAUUCUGCCUCCCAUCCCAUCGACCUCUCGGACGUUCCCCAACACGAACCCCACGAGCAGCCGGACGCUUCGAACAUGCAUCUUGGCGAGGCUCUGGCAGGCGUGCUCGGCAUGAACCUCAACAGCCUUGCUGCUGUGCUCCAGGCGGCCCAAGCUCAGUCCGAGAACGAACGAGCAUCCAGAGAGGAUGGACAACACGGGGACUCUCUAUAUCACUCCUACGCAACGACUGAGCCUGUGCCCCAGCUCACACACUCGGGCAGUCCUACAGACGGCUCGGAAUAUCUCUACGACGAUGAAGGGGACAGUGAACACGAAGACGGGUUCGGUGGCAUGCGGGGUAGUAGCCUUCACCACGGUUCGUCGUCCCCCAUUGACGGAAGCGACCGGCACUCCCAACCCCCCGAGUUCACGGAUACGGAAAUCAACGACAUCCUCAACCACUUCACGCAGUUCGACCAAGAUCCUCCAAAUCCACCAUCCCUCAGACACCCAUCUCCGCCGCCUCUGGACCCCCCUUCGAGUGUUCCUCCAUUGCCUUCGACCCAGAGCGAGCACCAAUCUCCGCCCGAUCCGCCUAUUGGCCUCUCGCCUCCGAUGUCAUCGUCGUAUGACGGCGGCUUUGACCAGCCGGUGGCUUCAACAUCCACGCUCCAUCCAUCAGCAGCGUUGUCCACGGCCGCGACGAAGAUCGCAGACUCGUUCAAGGAUAAGAACAACAAGCUGCAGCAGGCACACGUCUGCGACCAGUGCUCCAAGUCGUUCAGCCGCAGGAGCGACCUUUGCCGGCACAUGCGCAUACACACCGGCGAGCGGCCAUUUGUCUGCCCCGAAACGACCUGCGGUAAGACGUUCAUCCAGCGUUCCGCCCUCCAUGUGCACCUUCGCGUCCACACGGGCGAGAAGCCGCACUUCUGCGAGUAUCCAGACUGCGGUAAGACGUUCGGGGACUCGAGCUCUCUCGCACGCCACCGGCGAACCCAUACCGGCAAGCGGCCAUAUCAGUGCGAGGAUCCAGCCUGCGACAAGACAUUCACUCGGCGGACGACGCUCACCGCACACAUGAAGACACACGACCCAACCUGGGAGCCCGACCCCAACAUCAAAUACAGCUUCAAAGCGAAACGCCCGAAGCUGACGGACCCGGACAAGGAGGAGGAGGAGCUCGAGGCGUCCGUCCGCACGCUCUCCGCGCUCCUCAGCCAGGGCGACCCGAACAUCAUCGCCGCGCACGCCCUCCCCGGCGAGCCUUCCCCCACUCUCGAGGAGCGCGUCGCGGCGACGCUCAGCGCAGAGCUCGCCGCCGCCCUCGCCGCCCAGCAGCACCCCCCGGGCGCGCCCCGGCGCCUCGACCCGGACCCAGACGAGGACGGCGAGGAGGAGGACGAGCUCGACGACGACCAGUACGAGUCCGGGCCGGACGCGGACGACUCGCGCCGCCGCCGCGCGACGAACACGUACCCGCCGUCGCUCGGGGUGGGCGCGCUCGGGGUCGUCCCGGGCGGCCCGAGCGAGAAGGGCGGGGGCGGGGGCGGGGAGGUGCAGGUGAUGAUCGUCGCGGGGCCGGAUGGGGAGGCGUUCUCCGUCCCGCUGCGUGCGCGGAAGGGGAAGGAGGUGAGCGGGGUGGGGGUGAAGCGGAAGCGGUGA